AUGGCAAAACUGACACACAAGAAGAAGGUUUCAGUAGGCUUGGGAGAACCUGAAGCCACUGAUCUGUUUUGGUUUUAUCUACCAGUGGCCUUUGACCUCUAUGCAAAGCCUGGUAAUAACAGGACAUUGACACUGAUGAAUCCUAAGAAAUCUUUUUAUCAAUGGAGGCUACGGGUUCCAUCCGACUAUGUCGUGAGACUGGUAAUUGUAACCUGGCAUGGUGUGACUCCCGGGAGCUGUGCAUCACACAGGCUCUCUGCAUAUGAUUUCCUGCUGCCUCUACAGAACAAGAUUAUUACAAGAUGGUGUGGAAUGCCUGGGGCCUGGACUCCACCAGUUAUACGCUUAACUUCAUCAAGCAAUGUAAUGUUGGUCACUUUCUCUCUGGACCGAAGAAAAGAGAGCAAUAUAUUGAAAGCAUAUUUCCAAGCAGUUCCUAAAAUGGUAUGCGGUGGCCGGUAUACCUCUUGGAAUGGCACUGUAAUUUCUCCUUAUUACCCAAGUUACUAUCCACCAAAUAUUGACUGCCACUGGAUUAUCAGGGCACCACUACCUGGAUAUAGAUUGCUAUUAAAAAUUCUUGUAAUACAAAUUCAGGAACAAUCUCCAGGGUCCAAUAAAUGCGAUAAAGACUGGCUGGAAAUUGAUGGAGUUAGGUAUUGUAAACCUAUUGUGGAAGGCAACAGGGUCAAGGAAUAUGGCUAUUCAGUUGCAAUCAGCUUCCAUUCAGAUGAGCUGGUCACACACAGAGGUUUUUAUAUUGAAUUCCGAGCUUUCAGUCGCACAGACCCUUGUCCCAGACAAUUUAAAUGUUCUGACAGAACAUGCAUCCCUUUAAACAGUAAGUGUGAUGGAUGGAAAGACUGCACAGAUGGAAGUGAUGAGGUAGACUGUGGUUGUAAUCCAGUGGAGUCUAAUUGCAGUAAUGGGAAGUGUAAACAGCAGCCCAGAUCUUGCAAAGGAGAUGACAGCUGUGAGAAUGAAAGCAAGGAGAAGCAGGAAGAACAGGAAGACAGUUGCUUGUAUAAAAGUUGUUCACAGCAUGCAUAUCAAUGUCUGAAUGGAAAGUGUCCCAUAAAGCCAAACCCAGAAUGUGAUGGAAUCAGAGACUGUGCAGAUGGAUCUGAUGAAGUGAACUGUGCAUGUGGAAGGAGUCAGAUGAAAAAACCCAGAAUUGUUGGUGGUGAAGAUGCAAGGUCUGGAAAGUGGCCUUGGCAAGCAAGCUUGCAGCUGGGAACGUAUGGACAUAUAUGUGGUGCAUCUGUUAUUUCAAAUAGGUGGUUGGUGUCUGCUGCCCAUUGCUUUCAGGAUUCAGAAUCUAUAAGAUAUUCUGUAGCAUCCAGCUGGAAAGCAUAUGUGGGCAUAAGGAUCAUUAACAAAAACAGCAAUAAUCACAUAGCGAUGAGAUCAAUCAAAAGGAUCAUUGUCCACCCACAUUAUGACCAAUAUAUUUCAGACUAUGACAUUGCCCUGUUGGAAAUGGAGGCACCAGUAUUCUUCAAUGAGCUGGUACAGCCCAUAUGUUUACCAAGCAGUCCUAGAGUAUUUAUUUAUGGAACUGUCUGCUAUAUAACUGGCUGGGGAGCCGUAAAAGAAAAUAGUCAGCUUGCAAAAACGCUGCAGGAAGCUAGAGUGAAAAUAAUUAAUCAAAGUGUUUGCAACAAGCUCUACGAUGAUGUGAUCACUUCCCGGAUGCUGUGUGCUGGGAACCUUAAUGGUGGUAUUGAUGCAUGUCAGGGUGACUCUGGAGGUCCACUAGCCUGUUUAGGAAAAGGAAACAGAUGGUACCUUACAGGCAUUGUCAGUUGGGGUGAAGGAUGCGCUCGAAGGAACCGCCCGGGAGUUUACACCAAGGUCACAGCACUGUAUGAAUGGAUUCGCCAGUACACAAACUGA